AUGCGCCGACGGCUGGGAUUGCCACAACGAUUUGACGAUGUUUCUGCGUUUUGGUGGGAUGCGCCAGCAGAAAGUGGAAGGCCGCGGGUAUGCAUGACGCUCACCAACGUGCUAUGUUUGACGCAAGCGCUGCUGACCGGCCUCACCGCCGACGUCAACUCCGCUGCGACGACGUUUGGGGUUUGCCCGAUUUGCAGAGGCUGGACUGAUCCAAGCCGCUCACCCCUCAUCAUCACGCUGCACGAUGUCGGAGCCAGUGGGACAAGGCCCCGCCUGGUGGACACCAGAGCAUGGCGCAGGUGCCCGUCUGACAGAAUUUUGCUGCCUUGGGCCAGAUGCCGUGGGUUCCAUAUUUUCCUCGACCGCGGGCUACGGCAGGAAACGGGGUCUCGAGUGUCCAUGCGGACAGACUGGAGAAGCGGACAUAUUGGCACACUGUCUUGCUCGGACAGAUUCAGCAGCCAGCCGAGAGCAGACAAUCAAAACAAAGAGCAAUCUGUGUGCUGGGGGGACUGCAAUCUUGCCUCUCGUGUCCCCGGUCCGGCUCUAUAUUUGCACGAGCUGGAGCACUAG